AUGUCUACAGGAAGCAAAUGGGGAGCAAAAUCUAAUACAGGAACAUCUACAGGUGCCAGCUGGGGAUCUAAAGCUUCGUCAGUGGCAACAACUGGAACGAAAACUUUUGGUUCUACAACUACUUCUGUUGCAAAUCAACAGAAGAGCGUUUCUGGAACUCAAUGGAAUCCUAAUUUCAAUCCGGCAACAUUAAAAGACGUAGAUUUAGUCUCAACAAUUGAUAUUCCCUAUGCAAAAUCUCAUUACCGUGAUGAAUCAAAUCCAAACUCUCCAAUUACAUAUGAAAUUAACCAUAUUUCGCAUUUCGGUAUGUUUAAUCACUUGAAUAUUGAAACACUCCGUUAUAAUGAUUAUAUCAUGAAAGGAGGCAUUAAAGCCCACGAUUGGGAUAAAACAGUACAACAGCAAACCACUACAACAACAUCUUCCUUCGGUACAACGUCAACAACAGGAUUUGGCGCCAAAACAACCGGAUUUGGUUCUUCGACUUCUUCUCAGCCAUUAGCAACAUCGCCAUGGCUAUAUCAGCCAAUUCCCCAGAAAUUCGAUGUUACAAACGUAGAAGCUGAUGUUGACAAGCCAUACGGAGAAAUUGAAACUACAAAAAUUGUGAUUUCAAAAGUACAAGAAGGUAGCGUUAGUUCUUGCGCCAGACUCAAGAAAUUCACUCCUCGAGGAAUUACAAAGGCUAAGACAAUACAUGAUAACGCAAUUAAGCCAAACAACGGAGAAUCAAAAACUCCAAACAUGUAUACGUUUACCUUCAAAAAUCCGAAGGAUGCAGAUGUUGCAAAUGCAGGUACGAACCAUACAACGAUGACUUCCGUUUCUUCUUCAAGAUUUCAACAAAAAUAUAUUGAUAAGAUUGGAAAUUUCAUCGAAUCCAAUAUCGGACAAGAUGAAAAGACUGUUGUAUACUACAAGAAGGACAUGAUCCUUACAAUUCCUCGUGUUUCAGUUGAUUUUGAUUCAAAAACGGUUUCUUCGAUCGGCCACAGCUUUACAUACGAGGGAAGUGCAAAAUUUAAAGACGUUGAAUUCAUUAUCACUGCAAAAGAAGAUAAAUCUAACAUUUUCAAUAGUAGUAAGCUAGAAAUUGUUGAAAAUUCUCAGGGUAAGAUUGCCAGGGGAACACUAGCUUUAAUUCUUAAAAAUCAAUAG